AUUCAAUCGUGUGUGUCGACUCUCCUCGUCUGCGUCCCUUCGCUUGUGCGUGCCUCUCCUGGGUUGCCUGAGCAUCAGCGGCGUUGACCCCAUCGACGAUCAUUGCGUCCCCGGCGUCAUCCUGCGCCGUUCGUUUCGCCACCGCACCUCGCGUCCUCCUCGAUCGCCCUCCCUUGAUCGAGUCUCGACUUUCCUCCCGCGACUCAAUCGAGCUCGCACUCACACUGACUUCCUCACACAUCACAACCGUCACAAUGGCCGCCAGACCAAGCGUCUUCGCUCCCGCCCUGCGCCGGGCCGCCGCCUCAGCCGUGCGACCCGCGGCCCUGCGCCCGUCCUUUGCCGCCGCGCGCAACCUGCACAACGUGCCUCCGCGCCGUGACAAGCCCGGAAAGUACGCGCGGACCGACUCGGACAUUGAGGUCGAGUACCCCGAGGAGCACGAGCUGCCACCCUCCAAGCCCGUGCGUGGCCUGCCCGGCCAGUACGUCAAGCCCACGCUCGCCAGCUUCUCGCUCGAUGGCAACGUCGGCCUCGUCACCGGCGGCGCGCGCGGCCUCGGCCUCGUCAUCGGCCAGGGCAUGGUCUACUCGGGCUCCGACUUGGCACUCGUCGACAUGAAUAAGGAGGAGGCCGAGAAGCAGUGCCAACAGCUGGUGGACGCCUUCAUCAAGGAGAACCCCAACGCCGAGCGCAUCCCUCGGGUCACGGCCCACUAUGCCGACGUUUCGGACCCCGAGUCGGUCGAGGCCUGCAUCGCCGAGGUCAUCCAGCAGCACGGCAAGAUCGACAACCUCGUCACCUCGGCCGGCUUCACCGAGAACUUUGAGGCCAUCAACUACCCCAUCGACCGCAUGCGCAAGCUGUGGGCCGUCAACGUCGACGGCACCUACCUCUUCGCCACCUCGGUCGCCCGCCACCUCAUGGAGCGCAAGGCGCCCGGCAGCAUGGUCAUGAUUGGCAGCAUGUCCGGCUCCAUUGUCAACGUGCCCCAGCCCCAGGCUCCCUACAACGCCGCCAAGGCAGGCGUCCGCCACCUCGCCGCCUCUCUCGCCGUCGAGUGGGCGCACGCGGGCAUCCGCGUCAACUGCAUCUCCCCCGGCUACAUGCUCACCGCCCUGACGCAAAAGAUCCUCGACGAGAACCCGGACCUCAAGCAGAAGUGGACCUCGCUCAUCCCCCAGGGCAAGAUGGGCCAGCCCCAGGAUCUCAUGGGCCCCGUCACCUUUUUGCUGUCCAACGCCUCGCAGUACGUCACGGGCGCCGACAUCCGCGUCGACGGCGGCUACACCGUCACCUAAGCCCAUCCAUCGUAUAGUGAGUGUCUGUGACUGUUUACGCAUCGAUUACUGGGGCCCCCGUGUGCGGCGGCAGCCGGAGAGGGGUCGGUCGGCUUGGUUGAUUGCAGGCGCAGGGGGGGAAUACAUCUGGGAAACACCAGUGGCGUUGGCUGUGCUUAAAAUAAUGAUAAUUAUGCAGUCUGCCCAAAGACGCGGACUUGAACCAAUUUUUGAGCGAG